AACCACGUGGGUUUGACCCUCAGUGACUAUAUAUAGAGCAUGGUUAUGGAGACUGGUAUUCAAACGUCCACGGGCAACAAGAGAGGAGAUAGAAAGUAAGACAUUUUAAAACGAAGAGUUCCACCAUUGAAAAUAGCAAUUUGUAAAGUGAAAAUGAAUAGCUUACGUUUGGUGUUGAUGGCUUUAGUGGUUGCAUGUGUCAGUGCAAAGCAUUAUCGAGGUGGAACCUUCAGUUGGGAGCCAGCUGAAGACGGCAAAGUUGACAUUCAUUGGAGAGUAUCAUGGAUGCGAAUUUACGAGGGAGGUAAUAGAUUUAUGUGUUCAGAUGAGAAGCUGACUAUAAUAGGAGAAGGGCGAUUGCUAUGUAUGGAGUGUGAUCAGCAUGAUAUCUACGGGAAAGAAUUGAACCUAAACUGCACAAGUUGGGACGAGUUGGAGAAUUGGAGUACAGGAGUCGGCACGUUUAAGUAUACACCAGAGCCUGGAAUGCGCCAAUUCACACUUUCAUAUCAAGAGUCAGAGACACCGAAUAAAUUCACUUACAACAGCCAGUGGAUGCAGGAGUUGAAGAAUUACGGUGGUGCCGGGAAUGCUUGGAGAAUGGUCACCACGGUUGACUUGGACAUCCCCAACAACUCUCCUAGAACGACUCAUCCAGCAAUGAUCACUCUGAUGAAGGAAUGUGGGGACGUGUCCAUUCAAAUUCCAGUGGCCGACCCUGAUGAUGACGAUGUAAGGUGCCGAUGGACAAACAAAGAUAACGAGUGUCCUAAACAAGCUUGUAAUUCCAAUGGUGGUGGAUGCUCUAACCAUCGCAUGUGUGGAGAUCCCUUUCCAGGAGCCACAGUCGAUGAAAAUGAAUGCCGUUAUUCCUUCCCUGUGUCCCAAAUGGAACCGGGAUGGUAUGCUGUACCAAUCACUCUUGAAGAUCACCGACGAGGUGUUACUGGGCGUUUGGAAAGUGGCGCUCUUAGCAAGAUCCCUCUUCAGUUUCUCAUUAAGGUCGAAUCAAAGGGUGAAUGCAGGAAUAUUAACUUCGGCGAUUAUAAACGAUGCCACGUUAUCACACCUGGUCAAGACUGGAGCUAUGAGCUGAAGGCUUACAGCAGUCAUGAUGUUAAAAUUAUGGUUAUUGAGCGACCAAACCUAGAUUUCAAUAUGACUCCAUUGGAGAAGAAGGGCAAUCAUUCUAGCAGGGUUGUAUCUUGGACACCAAAAGAAUCAGACCUCGGAAAACACUUUGUACUCUUCCAUGCUGUUGACAAUGACGGGUAUUACAGCAGUUAUGAAACUCUUACUAUCUUGGUUAAACCCCAAGCGAUUGAAGUAGAAGAACCUACACCACCAAAACUGUUGCCUAUGGACUCCUAUCCUGCUCCACUCACUGAAGUCACCCCAGAUAUGAAAAAGUGGAAAAUCAAAUUUGACAAAGCAGUCGUAAGGCCAAAUAAGCCAACGUUUAUAUCUAUCAUGGACACGAUGGGAAACGUAGCAGCUAAAUACGAUGUAUCCGACAAGCAACAAGUCAAAAUAACAAAGAACAAACCUGACAUUAUGGCCAUCGAUAACCCAUAUAGUAAACUAAAACCAGGUACUGCUUACGUGCUGAGUGUGGACCAGGGAACGGCUGGACAAAAAUGUGUAGACGCCUGUGGGUACGACUGUGGAUUUAAGCCUAGUGAUUUCUUGUCAUGGCUUAUAACAACUCCUCCCACACCUGAACCAUCCGUGGAGUGUGGUCCAUCUAGUCUGACCGUGUACAUACCACGUGAUUACGUAGAGGGCGUCGGACCUAAUAAGCUUAGAUUCAUCGAUGCUUGGGACAGGAACUGUUACGCAAAAUCAUAUAAUUCCACUCACUACAUAAUGAAAACAGGUUUCGAAGAAUGUGGUACCUUUUCUAAGGAACCAACUCCUGGGCGACUAAUUUUCACAAACAUUGUUCGCGACGUACCUAAAGCAAUUGCAAAAGGACUCCCAGUCACCAGAACUCAUCGCAUGGUCAAAAUCAAUGUUACGUGCGAAGUCGAGGGUUUAAGUUACUACGAUGUUAGCUUCACGCCAUCAGACGCUAUGGAAGCGUUUACUGUCCGUGGAAUAUCUAGGCUCAACACUUUGUUGAAACUGUAUGAGGACGAUACAUAUAGCCGUGAAUAUAGAAAAGAGGAUUUACCAGCAUCCGUUGAACUAAAGGAAAGGAUGUUCUUCGGUCUCGAAGCGGUAAACAAAGCCAAAGAUCUUCAGAUAGUCAGUUGCACGGCAACUCAGAGACAAAAGCCAGGAUGUAAACCUGAGCAGUAUACGUUUAUCAAAGAUGGAUGUCCCGUCGACAGCACCGUUCGAUUUGAGCAGGCAUACUCAAGAUAUGAGAAGAGGUUUUCGGUAGAAGCAUUUAGCUUUCUGUUUUACGGAUCUACAGAAGAGGUUUUAGUGAAAUGUAAAACCGCCAUCUGUAAGCCCGGUGACUUGAGUUCCCUCUGCACACAGUUGUCAUGGAAAUCAUGUCCAUCAGAUACCAUCCUCAUACCAGGUGAAGCAGAUGUGAUGGCUGAUGUUAUGCUACCUGUCAGUGGAUAAAAUCUUGUGACAAUGUAUUUCAUUAACAUCCGAAAAUUAUUUCCAUCAAAAAGUCAUACAUGAAACAAUCACCUUAUAAGUGUUUUAUCUGUGAUCGUACAUGGUGUAAUGAAUUCCCUAUAGUAUUAACAUGGUUAACGUAUGUUUCAUUAAGAGUGUAAAAUUUAGCAAUUGAGUGUUAUUCAAAAUUAUGAAAUGUAGUAUUUAUUAUAUCGAUUAUUCUUAAUAAUUUCGUCUUAAAUGUUUUGUGAUAAUUUUUUUUUUUUUUUUUUUUUUGUGUGAUAAUAUCUAUAAUUUAUACUGCGAACAGCAAACAACUUGAAUGGCCAUGCGUAGUACCAGGCAAACUAUUAAUGAAAAUGCGAUCAAUAUUCAUGUUUAACACCUAAUGUUAUUUAUUGUUAACUUCAUGUAUAUUGACACAAAUGUUGGCUCUUUGUUAUCUUAUACGAUAAUGUAUAAUACUUUAUUCACUUUUUUUCCCCUUGAGGGCUAUAAAAUGUCAAUAAUGAGCCUUAAAUGAUCUGUUACCUAUUCAUAAGUAAGUGUAGACAGAUAUAGGCCUAGUACUUGGUUCGUAUUGAGAAUCUGUUCGAAUUCGGUCAAAAUUAAUGUUUAAUAAUCAAUUUUGAAAUUAUUUAGAAAGGUGCAAUUUGUAAAAUGUUUAUAUAAAUAUGUAUAUUCCUCUUCAAAAAUCUUCUGGAGAACAUAUAUAAAAUCUUUAGAAUAAUAAACCGUAUUUCAAAUUUAAAUGUCGAUAUUUUACUGCGUCUAUGUACCGUAGCAUUUUCAUUUUACUUUAUUCAGCUUUAGGCACUAAAGCCAAUGAUAUGCCAAAUAGUGAACUUAAUCACUCUUCAAAGUGGCCAUCCCGUCACAAGACAUAUAGUCUAGUAGGAACGGGGGGGUUCCCAUGUACCCCAAGAUAUAUUUUUUUAACUAACAUUUAUGUAAUCCUAAAAGUAUGUGAUGAACGAAUUUUGAUGUUCCCAUCGAAAAAAAUUGUCCCAUGGGGUCGUUUGGCGCCAUUUUGGCGGCCAUCUUGGAUCUUGAAUGAAAAUCAACUAUUUGCAUAAUUUAUU